GCCCGUGCAAGGCGCAGGAGGGACGCACGCUUGUACACUACCUUUCUACCUUUCUCCACUGAGUGAACGGUGGAUGUGACCUUUGUGUGCAUGUCGGACAUUUGAGGAUCAGCGUGGAGUCUGGUUUUUAUUUUUAAUUCAUACUUUAAUGAGGAUCAGUGCGCGUCCACAUCUCCAAAACGCGCCGCCUAAAGGAUGAGGAAGGAGCUUCAGUUCAGGUGACACAAGCUGCAGCCUGUUGAUCAGACUUGUCUUUUAUUUCACAACGAGGGCGUGAGGAGCCAGUCUGAAAGAUGACUUGGUUCUUCUUGCUGACGUCCUUCUCCACCCUGCAGCUCAUCCACACGAGGCCAGCAGAGACCUGGCUCUCCACCAGACCCAACUGACCAACCAUCUCCACACCUGUCACAGACACAGAGGGGAGGCAACAUGCCGGUGGCCCGCAAGAAGAGGGUGCUCUGCGUGAUGAUGAUGCUCAACAUCUUCAUCUGCGUCCUGGUGGGCGUGUCAUGGAACCUUGGGCAUGACAAAAGUGGCCGUCAGAGGGUUCGAAUCCCACUCAAGAGGUUCUGGCACCAGCCGGUUCUGAGCAAAUCCUUCUGGAACAGGGAGCAGCAGCGUCUGGACUUUAUUUACAACCCUAUCGUCAACUUUUUGCUCUCCAGCGACCCUCUCAUCGAGCUCCCUGAUUGGCUGAACGACACCAGGCCGCUCAACCCCUGUGAACCAGACCACAGAGUCUCCACACAAAUCUCUGACUACAACACUCUGCCGCAGCCCUUCCAGGAUUUUCUUUUGCACAUGCGCUGCAGGACGUACCCCAUGCUGAUAAAUCAGCCCCAUAUUUGUGAUGAGAAACCCUUCCUGCUGCUGGCGGUCAAGUCACUGAUCCCACAUUUUGACCGGCGACAAGCUAUCCGAGAAACGUGGGGUCGAGCAGGCAUAGUAACCAAUCGGACCGUGGUGACGGUGUUCCUGCUGGGCAACACCUUGUCAGUAGACCACUUCCCAGACAUGCUGGGGAUGCUGGGCCACGAGGCAAAGCUUCACAAUGACAUCCUCCAAUGGGACUACAGGGACACCUUCUACAACCUUACCCUGAAAGAGGUCCUCUUCCUGGAGUGGUUCAGCCAAAACUGUCCCCACGCCCAGUACAUCCUCAAGGGUGACGAUGAUGUCUUCGUCAACACCUUACGAAUUAUUGACCUCCUGGAAGGUCUGUCAGACAAGAAGGCCAAGGAUUUGUUCAUAGGGGAUGUUAUCAGUAACGCAGGUCCACACCGAGACAAAAAACUCAAGUACUUUGUCCCAGAGAGUGUGUUUGUGGGGCAGUACCCACCUUACGCAGGAGGCGGAGGAUAUCUGUACUCUGGAGAGUUAGCGCUACAUCUUUACAAUGUAUCCCAGCAGGUAGUUUUAUAUCCCAUUGAUGAUGUUUACACAGGGAUGUGUCUGGAAAAGCUGGGCCUGGUUCCUGAGGAUCACAGCGGCUUCAGGACUUUUGACAUUGAGGAGAAGCAAAGGACCAACCCCUGCGUCCACAGGGGCCUGAUCCUGGUUCACAGCCGGACACCACAGGAGAUGUUAACGAUCUGGCCGUGGAUCAUCCAUCCUGAGCUCAACUGCCAAUGAACACGUUCAUCUUUGUUUCAUCUUUUUAUUAUGUGAAAUCCUCACGUCCUCUGAGUUUUAUUCUAAAGUCACCAAAGUAAUUUACUGACUGUUUUCAAGGCGACUUUGUCUGCUGUUUUCUUUUCCACCAGCUGAAUUAUAUUCAUGUUAAAGAAAACAUUUGAUGAAUGAGCUCUCUGACACAAAUUUUGCAUGCAUGCUAACUGCACACAAACAAAUGCAAUGUGAUCACAUAGAAAUACCUGACGAGCCGUGAACACAGGAGAGGUCAGGGAUACAGGGAACUAGCAUCAUCAGAGGGGUGACAGAGCAGUUUGGGCCAUCUUAUCUAGUCAUGAUCUUGGUCAUCAAGUAAAGCACUCGCAGCCUGUCACACACUGACAGAGAGUAAACGUUGUGUAGGGCACUUGUGCUUGUGAUAUCCUGACAAGACAUAAAAGAGUACUUCACAUUCUUUCUGCUUAGUGGCACAUAGAACAGGGGCCGAAAAGUUUGUUGAUAAAAUAAAUAAAAUCAACCUGUAUUAAAACCCAAUUUAAAAAGAUAGGUCUUUAAUUUAUUUUUAAAAAAAGGCUAGGGAGACUGCCAUUCUCAGAUCCGAAGGGAGAGUGUUCCAUAGUUCAGGGCCAUAAAAACAAAAAGCAGCUUCACCAGUUCUCUUGUGGGACACCUUAGGAACAGCGAAGAUGGAAGAUCUGAGAGUUCUUGUUGGGGCAUAAGAAGAAAGGCAAUCGCUGAUAUAAGAUGGAUGGAUGCUAGAUUAUUUAAGGCUUUAUAAAUGAGUAAAAGAUCUUUAAAAUCAAUUCCAAAAGAAACAGGCAACCAGUGUAAUGAUGCAAGCUGAGGGCUAAUGUGAUCUCUAUUUUUUCAUAUUUGUUAAAAUCCUGGCUGCAGCGUUCUGAAUAACUUGUAGUUUCUUCAAAGACUUUUUAGGGAGACCAGUAAAAAGGAAGUUGCAGAUAAAAGCAUGUAUAAGUGUUCCAGCAUCGUUCUGAGUUUAAAAAAAAAGGUCUAAUUUUGGCAAUGUUUCUGAGGUGAAAAAAAUAUGUUUUUGCAACUCUGUUAAAAUGGCUAUUAAAAUUAAGAUCAGAGUCUAAAAUCACA